AUGGGAGAAUCUUCUAGUUCAACCUCUUGGAGCAGUCAUAAGGAUACAGACGAUGAUCGGAUGAUUGCUCUCAUGUUAUCUGAAGAGUACACUAAACUAGACGGUGCAGUUGGCAGACGCCUCUCCAAUCUUGCUCCAGUGCCUCAUGUUCCACGAAUAAAUUCUUAUAUUCCCAACCUAAAUGAUGCCACUUUGGAUCACCAACGUCUUCUUCAAAGGCUAAAUGUUUAUGGUUUGUGUGAGUUUAAGGUCUCUGGUGAUGGAAACUGCCAGUUUCGAGCACUUUCUGACCAGUUGUACCGAUCUUCAGAGUACCACAAGCAAGUUAGGGGAGAAGUUGUUAAACAGCUCAAGGACAAUCGCUCUAUGUAUGAAAGUUAUGUUCCGAUGAAAUACAAACGAUAUUACAAGAGGAUGGCAAAACUAGGAGAAUGGGGAGACCACGUUACCCUACAAGCUGCGGCAGAUAGGUUUGCAGCAAAGAUUUGCCUUCUGACAUCCUUCAGAGACACUUGUUUCAUUGAAAUUAUGCCUCAAUACCAAGCACCUAAGCGUGAGUUAUGGUUAAGCUUCUGGUCAGAGGUGCAUUAUAACUCUUUAUACGAUAUUCAAGCUGCUCCAGUUCAGCCGAAGCCAAAGAGAAAACAUUGGUUGUUCUAG